GGGGUCGUCUGGGGGCUCUGAAGGGCAGGAGGAGCGGCGCCAGAGGGCUGGGCGCGCUGCGCUGGUGUGCGCGCAACGCCGGGGGCUGUCUCCACCUCUUCUGGCAACUUGGACCUAUGAGUGCGCGGCUCCACUUACAGCCGUCAACAGCCGGAGGGAGGGUGAGCGCCGAAGGGGGCGCAGGGCCCUUGCAACUUCUUCGCGGGACCCCAGCUGGGCUGCCAGCGUCCGCUGCCGCCCGAGAGCCCCGCGCCCGCGCCUCACUCCACGCACCGUAGAGGCGCCCCCGGGCCAUCCCGCCCGCCCCGACGGGAUGCCUGCAGCCAUGCUUCCCUACGCUUGCGUCCUGGUGCUUCUGGGAGCCCGCACCACGGAGACGGACAGGACAGCGGGCCGUGACCGCCUGCGCUGGGCGCCACCUUGCCAGCAGCCUGUGGCCAGCAGAGCACCCGUGACCGCACUGCUGCCCCCACGCCUCGAGGGACCCUGGAUCUCCACUGGCUGCGAGGUGCGCCCUGGGCCGGAGUUCCUCACCCGAUCCUACACCUUCUUCCCCGGCCGCCUCUUCCGAGCCUACCAGUUCUACUACAGGGACCCCCUCUGCCGGGAUCCUGCCCACUCGCUGGUCAUCAAGGGCAAGGUCCGCCUGCGCCAGGCCUCCUGGGUCACCCGGGGUGCCACCGAGGCCGACUACCACCUGCACAAGGUGGGUAUUGUCUUCCACAGCCGCCACGCCCUGCUCGACAUCGCUGGGCGCCUCAACCGGACCCAGGCGGGCCGGGACUGUGCCCAGCAGCUGCCCCCUGCCCGGGCCUGGCUGCCCGGUGCCCUUUAUGAGCUGCUGAGCGCCCGGGCCGAGAGGGACUGCAUGGCCGCCCUGGGCUUCACCAUGCACGAGCUCAGCCUGGUCCGCGUGCAGCGCCGCCUGCAGCCGCAGCCCCGGGCCGGGCCCCGGCUGGUGGAGGAGCUGUACCUGGGGGACAUCCACACCGACCGGGCAGAGAGGCGGCACUACCGGCCCACCGGCUACCAGCGCCCCCUGCAGAGCGCCCUGCACCACGCCCGGCCCUGCCCGGCCUGCAGCCUCCUCGCCCGCUCCGAUGAGCACCACCCGCCCGUGCUGCCCGCCCAGACCGCGCUGCCCCUGCACCUCGGCGGCCGCUGGGUCAGCCCCGGCUGCGAGGUGCGCCCCGCCGUGCUCUUCCUCACCAGGCUCUUCACCUUCCACGGGCACGCCCGCUCCUGGGAGGGGCACUACCACCACUUCGCGGACCCCGCCUGCCGGCGGCCCACCUUCACCGUCCACGCGGCUGGCCGCUACACCGGGGGCACGCCGUCCGCCAAGGUCCCCGGCGGCACCGAGUUGGUGUUCCAGGUCACGGAGGCUCGCGUGACCCCCAUGGACCAGGCCACCACAGCCAUGCUCAGCUCCUCUGAGCCGAGCAGCUGCGGGGGCCCGGGCAUCUGGUCCCCGGGGACAGAGCGGGAUGUCACGGCCACCAACGGGUGCCUGCCUCUGGGCAUCAGGCUCCCCCACGUGGAGUAUGAGCUCUUCAGGAUGGAGCGAGACCCCCUCGGGCAAAGCCUGCUCUUCAUCGGACAGAGGCCCACCGACGGGUCCAGUCCCGACACCCCCGAGAAACGCCCCACCUCCUACCAGGCGCCCCUGGUUCUCUGCAGUGGGGCUGCCAGGGACUUCGGCCGGCCCCCACAGCACAGGCCUCUGCUGCAGACGCCCCGCCUCCACAAUGGGGGGCGCUGUCCUCAAGGGGCCCCUCUCCUCCUCCUGCUCCUGGUUCUCAGCCCGGCCUUCCUCCAGUGGCUAUGAAAGGGGGACCCUGUCUGACCCCGGGGACCCCCGCCUGGUGCAGGCUCCGCCCCCUGUCCGGGAGGUUGUCCUGCUCUUUUCCCGUGCCGUGUCACCGACCGCCAGUGGCCCUGCCACUGUCGGCCCAGCCCGCGUCCUGGUGGCCCAGCCCCUGAUUUCGGCAGCACCUGCAGAGUCCGUGCCCCGGCCGGUCGCCAAGGUGUGCGCACCAGCCGGGGCGCCGCGGCGAUGGCAAUCAAUCGCUUUGAGUGUUGAAUGUUCGCUCCGGAUUUUCGGGGGCGGUUGGAGGACCAGUGCCAGGGAUUGGACCUCAGGGGCACCCCCUUCCCUCCCUGCACCCUUGGGAUCUGGUGCCGUGGGGGCGAGGCUCCGUGUGGGCAUGCUGCCGCCGGCCUGCCCUGCACAGGCGGUUGCUUAAAGACCCUUCAUCUGAAUUUCACGAUACAC